CCACGCGGCGCGGCCAUGGCGGACACGGACGGCUCCGUCGAAAGGAAGCGGCGCAAGAAGGAGAAGCGGCAGCUCCGCGACGCAGACGUGGCGGACAUCCAGCACACCGAGGAGUUCCUCAUCAAGCCCGAGUCCCGCGUGGCCCAGCUCGACACGUCGCAGUGGCCGCUGCUGCUGAAGAACUUCGACAAGUUAAACGUGUUGACUGCACACUACACACCCCUUCCUUCUGGUGCUAAUCCCCUCAAAAGAGAGAUCUCUGACUAUGUUAGGUCAGGCUUUAUCAACCUCGACAAACCUUCCAAUCCCUCGUCCCAUGAGGUGGUUGCCUGGAUCCGCCGCAUCCUUCGCGUGGAGAAGACCGGACACAGCGGCACCCUGGACCCUAAGGUGACUGGGUGCCUCAUUGUGUGCAUUGAGAGGGCGACCCGGCUGGUCAAAUCUCAGCAGAGUGCAGGCAAAGAGUAUGUGGGAAUUGUUCGGCUGCACAAUGCCAUUGAGAGUGAGGCCCAGCUGGCCAGGGCCAUAGAAACGCUGACAGGAGCCCUGUUCCAGCGGCCACCCCUCAUUGCUGCUGUGAAGAGACAACUGAGAGUCAGAACCAUCUAUGAAAGCAAGCUUGUGGAGUACGACCCGGAGAGAAGACUAGGUAUCUUCUGGGUGAGCUGCGAAGCAGGCACGUACAUCCGAACGCUCUGUGUUCACCUGGGCUUGCUGCUCGGGGUCGGGGGACAGAUGCAGGAGCUCCGGAGAGUGCGCUCAGGGAUCCUGGGGGAGAAGGACAACAUGGUGACUAUGCACGAUGUCCUGGACGCGCAGUGGCAGUACGACAACAACAAGGACGACAGCUACCUGCGAAGGGUUAUCCUGCCCCUGGAGAAGCUGCUGACUUCACACAAGCGGCUGGUUAUGAAAGACAGUGCAGUUAAUGCCAUUUGUUAUGGAGCCAAGAUCAUGUUGCCUGGUGUCCUGAGGUAUGAAGAUGGCAUCGAGCUUAAUCAGGAGAUUGUCGUCAUCACCACAAAAGGAGAAGCCAUAUGCCUAGCGAUUGCCUUGAUGACCACGGCGGUCAUUUCUACUUGUGACCAUGGAGUAGUGGCGAAGAUCAAGAGAGUGAUCAUGGAGAGAGACACCUAUCCCCGCAAAUGGGGCCUGGGGCCCAAGGCCAGCCAGAAGAAGAUAAUGAUCCAGAAGGGUCUGCUGGACAAGCACGGGAAGCCCAAUGAGAACACGCCGGAUUCGUGGAAGAAGGAGUACGUGGAUUACAGGGAUACCAUCAAGAAAGAGGAAGCAGCAGCACCCCGGGCUAUCUCAGAACCAGAGAGGGUUCCAAAGAGGAAACGAGAGUCGGAGAGUGAAAGCGAGGAGUGUGUGGCCCCUGCCACCCCCCCGCCGGACGAGCCGAGCAAAAAGGAGAAGAAAAAGAAGAAGAAAGACAAGAAGGUCAAAGAGGCUGCUGAGAGCGGAGAAGAGGCAAUGGAAGUGAUCUGUGAGAGCAGCACCAAGAAGAAGAAGAAAAAGAAACAGAAAGUAGAAGAGAGCUCGGAAUAAGCGACUGGAUCUGCCCCGAACAGGCGACCUCAUCAGUGGGGAGGGAAGAGUCUGAGGCCUUGGUGAAAAAGAAGACUGACCAGCAAGUUCCAAGCUCCUUUUCCACUGUAUAUAUAAGCGAGAGGGUAUGUUUGUCCGGGAUGUGCCCUGUUUAGGUCCUUCUCCUCAUCCUGUUUUAAGGGUAGCCAGAGGAGAGGGGUGCCUGUCUGACUGCCCCUGCACUGGACUGCCCUGCGAAGCCGGACCCCUUGAUGCCAGUAGAAUUGGUAUCCGCGGGGGAGUCGCAGCUCCUGGCUCUUGGCGUCUCCAUUUUCACUCAGAGGAGGAGUUAACGCUUUCCGCCUCUCUUGUCCUGCCUCUUUCUUCCUUCUCUUCCAAGCUCAGAGCCAUUCCCGACAGUCACAGAAUGUGUUGAUGUCCAAGAACUUGCCCAGCCAUUGUCCCUCUGAAUGGCUUUGGCACGGGGGCCGGUUGAAUCGAUUAUUUUUAAGGGCUCUGAUUUUAAAGCUCGCCGUGUGCUUGGCUUCACCCUCAGCUAGCUGAGAUCAAAUAUUCCACCAAAGGAUAUUCUUUGGUACUUUUUUAAAAAAUUAUCAUAAAAGAUCAGAACAUGAAUUUCCUGCUUUUUUGCUUUAUGGUGUGGGGAACCGCUUGGCAGAUUUGUGGGCUGCUGCCCUCCCCGUGCUCACCUUUUUGCUCUUCUGUGCCCAAUUGCUAGAACGAGACUGCGGGGGGCUCAGCUGCCUUCCAUCUUUUUGCUCCAGUAUGCUCCAGAGGCUGGAAGCAGGGACACUGCUGGGAGCAGGGCAAGGCACUUAGGGGAUCCCUUUGGCUUCUCCAUAGGCCUCCACAUUGGAGGCCUUUGGAGCUACAGCCCUAUGAGCGGCACUAGGUAUGAAGCUCCAGUAGUUUCUGAGCAACCUGUCCCAGUUCCCUGUGGUGGAUCUUACCCCUAUGUAUAAAUAACUGAGGGGAGAAUGUGAAGGAAAUGGGGCCAACCUCUUCUUGGUGGUUGUCUGGGACAGGAUGAGGUAACGGAACAGGCUGCCCAGGGAGGUUGUGGAGUCUCCUUUGCCGAGAUCUUCAAAACCUGUCUGGAUGCCUCCCUGUGCGUUGGGUGUCCCUCGGGAGGACUAGAUGAUCUAGGUAACUAGCGGGGUUGGACUAGAUCUCAUGAGGUUCCUUCCACCCUCAACCCCUCUGUGAUUCUGUGGUCACUGGGAGCAGAUCUUUAUCACAGCCAUAGGGCUGAACUGGGAUUUUAUCCUUUGGUGGGGAA